AUGAUAUCAAGUUGUAAAGUAAUCAACUCAUAUGUGCAUCAAUUUCCAGAGAAGGGUCAUGGUGUAGUAGCAUUUUUUGGUGCAACGCAAUUUGCUGAAGGUGAAUGGGUUAAACCCGAAUCGAAAUCAAAAAUAAUUCCACCGCAACAGUCAUCGUUACGUGCACAAGCCACAUCUCGUAAAGAAUCAUCAAGAAGUCGUUUCUCACCGGCGGCAAGUCCACGAAUGACACCAUCUUCAUCCGUUGAUCAACUGAAGAGUUCAGGAAGUUCUUCGAAUCUGGCAAAUUCAGGUUCAAAAAGACAAUCUCCGAAAGACGAAGCGAAGCAUAUCAGUAAACUUACGGCUCCGACUCCUCGAACACCACCUGCUCAUGAGAAGGUUAAAGUCCGUUCGAGCCGCCUUACACCCUAUACGAAGCGUAUUUCUUCAUCAGCAUUGUCCUCACCUCGAAACACUCUACAGUCUCAUAGACAGCGUAUUACAUCGAGCGCAAUUAAGCAACCAUCGAAUGUAGUCGAGAAGCAACAGCAGUCGCAACAAAUACCAGCGACGAACUCGGCGAGUGAGGACGUCGAUACAGGCACGUCGGGUCAUGACACAUCAACAGAUGCUGUACGAGAAAUGGUCAAGAAAAUGGAGGAGUUCCUCCGAAAAGAGAUUUUAUUGGGAGAGAAUGCGAGACUUAGGCCAGUGGAUAGGAUCAAAGUUGAAUUGGUAGACAUCGAACCGAUUGAACCCGAUUCGGCUGGUGGUAAGCGAAAACCAAACUUCGGUGCCACUGACCGGAACCGAACAAGGCCAUCAACACUCUCAAUACCAGCCGUUCGUCCGGUUGGAAUGGAAGAAGGAAGUGAGUUGGAGUAUCUUCGAAUCGAAAAUAAAGAACUUAGUGAUAAACUCAUCAAUUUGAGAGAAAAGCGCAAAGAAGAUCAACGAAAAUUGGUGGAAUAUGAAAGGAAUCGUAUACAACUUCAAGCAUUGCUUGAAUAUAAGGCUAAAAUGACUGAGGCUCAUACUGACCUACAGAGGAAACUGCAGGAGAAAGACAGAGAGUUACGAGAAGUAUUAGCAUCGAAAGCGAAUGAACGUGAAGAUGUGAAUGACAUUGAAGAACAACUGGAAUUGAUAACGCUCGACAAAGAAAUGGCCGAAGAAAGAGCUGAGAUGUUACAGGUCAGUUCUACUCUUACAGCGAUUCAUUCGUUAUUAUCGUUACUUGCUUGA